AUGAUUUUAAUACAUAAACAUCAACUGUAAUGUAUAUAGUAAUGAUAGUUUCUGUUAAGAAUGCACGGUAACCGAAAGAGGAUAAGGAAUUCAGUAUCUAAAAGAGUAUUCUGAUUCUUAAGCAAGUAAAUAGUGUGGAAAACAAUAACAAAUUAAUAAUGCUAAUGAAGUAAUGAAUUGCCUUGUCCUAUUUAUGAAAUUACAACGAAUUUCAAUUCAUUUAUUGAUUCUUUAACUCUGGCAUAUGUUAAUAACACUUCAAAUUUAUGCAAUUCUAAUUUACAGUAUUAAAGAAAAAGAAUGUGAAGUUAAUUAGACUUGGUAUUUAAAUUCUUUAAUAUUGAAAUCAUAACUAAUAGUUUUAUUUGUUUAUUCAGAAAGAAAUAUGAAAAUGUAAGCAAUAGCUAUGAAUAAUUAAUAAAUGAAUAUGACUGGUUUAUUAAAAAUGUGUAAUAAAUUCUGUUAUUUUAGGUUUUUAGUAAGGACUACUUUUUCAGAUGCUAAUUUUGAAUGAACAUGCACUACUUCCAAAAUUUAUGAAAAUGCGUCAAGAGCAUAGAGAUGAGAUGAUUAAAUGGUAGUUAUGA